AAUAUAAAAAUCUAUUUGCUUCGUUGGCAGGGACGAACUUUACUGUUUUUCCAUUCUUCUCUACUUCUUUGGCAAAAUGCAGAUCAAGAAACUGCCACUGUUUCAACUUCUGUCAUUUCUCCUCUUUCUUUCAAAUCUUCUCCAUUUCUCCCAUGCCGAUGUUGGCACUGCUGCCCGGUACAGCCCCCCGUAUUUACCGACGGCGUGCUAUGGUGAUGACCAAUCCCAGUUUCCGUCCAGCAAUUUGUUCGCAGCAGCUGGAGAUGGGAUAUGGGACAAUGGAGCAUCGUGUGGGAGGCAAUACUUGGUGAGAUGCAUCAGCGCUUCAGAGCCUGGAACUUGUGUCCCUGACCAGACUAUCCAGGUCAAGAUUGUUGAUUAUGCUCCCAAUGCACAGUCUCCACCUUCGGCUCAAUCCACCAUUGUCCUAUCCGAGACGGCUUUUAGUGGAAUAACAAAUAUAGCAAUUGACUCCAUCAACAUAGAAUUCCAACAGGUAUGAUACAGGGGGUCUAGUCUCUAUGAAAUUACAUGCGUACCCUUGCGUUCACGGCAGGGCCGGGAAGAAGGAAACAUGAUCUGCUAAUCACUUGGAAUAGUCAGAAAGAAAUUUGAUUGGUUGAAUGAGACUCUUCUUUGUCAUUGUCAUUACUAAAUGUUUAUGGCAUUAUCCAUUACUCUUCGUUAAUGUUCAUAUGCAUUUUGAUAAAUAAAAAAAAAAGGAUCCUUUCAUUGUCA